AUGCCGGAUUCUCUGACGUUCACCGAGCAUCAUUACGCCGCAGACAACGAGCUCCAGAGGUUGGGAGUUUGGGAGUUGCCCCAACCCGCAGAGAAUGCGUCCGGGUACUGGGUAAUCUAUCUCCACGGCGGUGCGUGGCGUGACCCCCGCAAGACCUUUCAUGAUUUUGAGCAUUCGAUCGACGAAAUCGCCAAGACUGGCUCCGUUCCCAAGUCCGAGAUUCGUGGCUUCGUCGGUAUUGACUACCGCCUCUCCCCGCACCCUCUCUUCCAGCAAGACCCCGCCGUCACCCCUCCGGCCGAACUUCGUCUCGCUCAACAUCCGGACCACCUCCGUGACAUCUGGUCGGCCCUCGCCUUCUUGCAGCGCGAGUACGAUAUCCAGGACCGUUACAUCCUAAUCGGUCACUCGGCCGGCGCUACCUUGGCCCUCCAGCUGCCGAUGGGGCCUGUUGCUCUCGGCGCCGCCCCACCAUCCGAAGUCAAGAUGCCGGCGGCGUUUAUUGGCGUGGCCGGCAUCUACGAGUUGCAUGACUUCAACGCCCGCCACGGCCAGAGCUAUACCCAGUUCAUUGCCGGUGCCUUUGGCGAAGACCAGAAGUCCUGGAACAAGGUCGUGCCGGCCACCUUCUCGGGCAGCUUCAAGGACGCCUUACCUGCGCAGAAUCUCAUCUUGCUGGCGUGGUCUCCCGACGACUCGCUCGUGGACGAGCCCGAGAUCGACGGCAUGGCGUCUAAGUUAAAGAAGGACGGCGUCGAAUGCACGGUCGCCAAGAAUCUCACCCACGAUCACGACUUCGCCUGGGAAGAUGGCAAGCAAAUUGCGCGACUGCUUUCGGAAGCCCUCGAUUUGUUGAGAAAGAAGUAG